AUGCCCUCAUGCGCUCGGCUCCUCGGCCCUCGCGGGGGCACCCCGGGCUCCGCGGGCUUCGGUCAGAUAAACUCCCUCUGGCCGGUGGGCGUGUCUGGCGCCGGGGACGCGAUGUUGACGAUCGUGGACCAUUACAAGUCCGCAGUGGCAGACCUUGGGGAGGCCAUAGGGGGCUCCCUGAAGGCUUCGCCGGAGGUUCUGGAGAAGAGCGCGUCCAAGUGGCUGCGGACGGGCGAGCAGCUGUGCGAGGCUCUCCACAAGUUCAGCGUGUCGAUCGCCCAGGACCCGCUACCAGACGAGGUGGUCAAGCACCUGCUGCAGAGGGCCGAGACCGCGAUUCAGCAGACACCUGCAGCAGACAGGAAGGGCGCCGACCAGUCUCCGCGGCAGGCCCCCGCGGGCCAGCCGCCCGGAGCGGCGGGGCCGCCCGCGGAGGACGGCAGGCCGCGCGAGCUCCUCCCGCGCCAGACCAACAAGUUCACCAAGGCGGUCGGUACGGUGGCAGCCGCGACCAUGGCCUGCAGGGUUGCCAAGCGGUCGUCGGCGGAGGACGCCAAGGAAGAGAUCAAGAACUUGAUCGAGCAGGUGUUGCAGGAGAUGCCUCCGACUAGUGAGGUCGUUCAGCUCGCCCACACGUGCGCCGAACUUGGGGACAACAUCGAGAGCGUUUCCCAGCGGCGCCAGAAGCUGAAGGACCACAUCGGCGAGCUGCAGGGCAGGUUGCGGUCCUUGGCGGAGGAGGCCGAAGCGGCGGCAGCCCCCUCGCCAAUGCGCAGCCGCGAGCCGUCCGCGGAGCGCGCCGCGGCCGCGGCGGCCGCGUGGAUGGACGCGGCGAACGCGGGCCCAGGCAAGGGCGGCUCACACUCCCCCUCGAAGCGGCGCACGGUGCGGCUCGAGGAUGCGGCGAAGCUGGUGGCGCAGCAGGCGGCCGAGGAGGGCGCCGUCGGGCCGCGGGCGGGCCCGAGUCCGCGGCUGUCGCCGCGGGGCGUCAGCUCUGCGGCCGCGAGCCCGCGGCUGGCGCCGCCGGGCGGCGGCCCGGCGGCGGGGAGGGGCGGCGCCGGGCGCGGGGCCUCCAAGGAGCAGCCGCGCCAGGAGGAGACCACGGACAACGCAGGCGAGGAAGCGGCGAUGAACCGGACGCGCCUCCAGGCCGCCCAGGCGAAGCUGGACUCGUCCAAGCAGUCGCGUACGGAGCUGCAGGCCAAGUGUUCGGCCCUGGCUGCGGAACUCCAGCGGCUGCGUGCCCUACAGGAGGCGCAGAAGCGGGCCGACGCAGAGCUCGUCGCGCUGGAGACGGCAUCGACUCCAGCUGCUGCUGUGAAAGCAACGAGGCCACCCAAGGAGCAGGCCGAGCUCGCCCAGAUGCCCGCCCUGCCGUCCCCGGAGGUGGAGGAGCAGCGCCGCCCUGCAGGCAUCGACUCGGACACGGAGAGGGAACGAGGACCCGAGGGCGCUGGCGUGCCAGGUGCCCCCGACGUCUCGGGUCCGCGGGAUCACGCGGUGGCGCCGCCGCCGAAGGCCGCGGGCCAGCCCGAGCCCGCCGCGGGCGCCUCGGGCGCGGGGCACGGCGCGGAGGAGCAGGGGCGCCAGGAGGCCGCAGAGACGGAGGAGCGCAGCGCAGCGCUGGUGCGGCCAUGCGGCGCCGCCUCCGCCAGCCGCAGCGCCCUCGCACCACCCAUGGAGGCCCAGAGCCCCGCCGGCUUGCGCCCGCCGCCACCUGCGGCCGCCGCGGAGGACGCGGGCGCGCCCCAAAAUGCCGCGCCCGCCGUCGGUACCGCCGAGGCGGCCAGCGCGGUGCUCGUGGAUGAAGGGACGCGCGAGCCCCUGGAGCCCUGGCUGCAGGCUUUCCCGGAGGACAGCCCGGAGGACGCGUUCGCCAGGUUCGAUUUCUGCUCCAGGUUUGGCCUCGAGCCGCAGAGUCUGUACGACGGGGCAACGCAGCAGACGGUCCUCACCCAGCUCCGGCACCAGAUCGCUCAGAAGAGGCUCCUUCUCGAGCAGCUGGCGCCCUCCAAGGGCCCGAAGCCCUCGCAGAGCUCUGCCACAACAAGCUACUUCUGCUCGUCUCUCGCAUGGGUGACCAGGAGUGCCAAGGAUCUGAAGAGUUUUGGCAAGCUGUAG